AUGGCGGAGACUGCGAAGAAACAGAAGAAAUACGCCAUAGUCGGCACUGGCGGACGCUCGUCAUUCUUCUACACAGCAAUCGCAACAACCUACAAAGCCAGAUCUACCAUUGUAGCGCUAUGCGACACCAACCAAACCCGCCUGGACUAUGCAAACACGCAGCUCCAAGCCCUGGGCCACGCCGCCGUCCCCACGUUCAAGGCCCAAGACAUCGACCGCAUGAUCCACGAGACACACCCGGACGAAGUCAUCGUCACCACCAUCGACCGUACACACAACAAGUACAUAGUGCGAGCACUGGACCUGGGCUGCAACGUGGUAACCGAGAAGCCCAUGACCAUCGACGCUUCGCGGUGCCGCGACAUCUUCGACGCCGUCGAGCGAAGCGCCCGCACCGUCCGCGUAACCUUCAACUACCGGUACGCGCCCCACAACACCAAGGUGUGGGAGCUCCUGCGCAGCGGCGCCAUCGGCCGCGUAACCAGCAUCCACUUUGAAUGGAUGCUGAACACGUCUCACGGCGCCGACUACUUCCGGCGGUGGCACCGUGACAAGCGCAAUUCAGGGGGCCUGCUCGUACACAAAUCGACGCACCACUUCGACCUCGUCAAUUUCUGGCUGCAAUCCCGCCCAGAGACCGUGUACGCGCAGGGAGACCUCCGGUUCUACGGGCGCGAGAACGCAGAGGAAAGAGGCGUGACGGGGUUUUACACGCGCACCCAUGGAAGCAAGGUCGCGGCCCACGAUCCGUUUGCGCUGCAUCUGGAGCGCAACGACAAGCUGAAGCAUAUGUAUCUGGAUGCCGAGCAUGAAGAUGCAUAUUAUAGGGAUCAGUCGGUGUUUGGCGAUGGGAUUAGCAUCGAAGAUACAAUGUCGCUGCUGGUGCGGUACCGCAAUGGCGCAGUGCUCACGUACUCACUGACUGCGUAUGCGCCGUGGGAAGGGUUCCGCGUUUCGUUCAAUGGGACGGGGGGCCGUCUGGAAAUGGAGGUUGUGGAGAAUAGCUAUGUGAAUAGUGGGGGUGACCAGUCGCUGGAGGGAAGCCUCGAGAAGCGGAGUAUCACGCUGAGAAAGCUGUUUGAGAAGCCGGUUGAGGUCGAGAUACCGGACAGUGUAGGUGCGCAUGGAGGCGGCGACGAGGUUUUGCUUGCGGAUUUGUUUGGAGAACAAGGCGCGGAUAUUGAUCAAGAUAUGAGAGCUGAGAGUCAUGUUGAUGGCGCGUUGAGUAUUUUGACGGGUAUUUGUGGGAAUAGGAGCAUGGCGACCGGGCAGGUGGUGAGGGUCAGUGAUGUAUUUGAGAUCUGA